AUGGCGGUGAUUGCAGAGGGUGGACGGGAUUCGGCGAUCGCGAGGACGAGGGCCGGUUAUGUUCGUGAAAUAUGGGUAGAGUCGUGGUUCGGGACCGGAGGGAAUCUCGUGAAUCACCUGCACGAAACCCAUCUGGACGAGCCGCUCUUAGCGAAUCUGCUCUUGCUAUUCCCCAGCUUGCGUUCUGUCGGUUGCACCCAGCGCCCCGGUGCCAGUCGCCUACGCACGGAACUUCAGUCAUUUGCUUCCCGCGUCGCGGGGACACACGAGCAAAGCGAGUCUGCUACACGGACCCGGAGGAAGGAACUUCACCUCACGGUCGAUUUCAGACCGGUGUCUCUUCAUCGCUACUCACUCGCCACUACUACCUCGGUCGAUGCGAUCACUCACUUGCGCCUCUAUCACUUGGCAGAAGACCGAUCACCAAGCUCGAUGUUGGCCUCGUAUCGAAGCCUGACCCAUCUCUCCAUGACCGUUGCCACCAGUGAAUGGCAUGGACGAGCACACUCCCCCACGGCACCAACGUUCGCCCAUUUGAAGAUGCAUGUGGUGGAAUUACGCUCGGAAGGCUCGGACUCAGAGAACGAAAGAUACCUCAGAGAGAUCAAGAAGCAUCGCGCGCGCGGUUACCCGAUGUUUACGGCGAUGCGGACGGGGUCGUUGCGCGACGAUUGGGAAAGAGAGGCGUUUGAGGGCGACAGCAUCUGGAAGCGGGCACGAGAUUUCACGAGCGCAUUGGAGCGCCGGGACUGGGAGCUUGCUCACAACUAG